UAGAAGCACUACAGUUCAGUGAUAUCUUCUGGCUACUAACAGAAUUCAAGGACACAUGGUUGGAAAAGCGUCUCAGGUAUUUCUCUUGAUUUGGAAAUUCAGUCUUUAGUUUAUGAUAUAGAAGUGUAACAUCUGAAAGAGAAAGAAAAGGAAUUUUGCUAAUUCACAGGUUCUUUUCCUCUCCCUAGGAGGAAUGUAUGUGGAAAGAAAAGUAAUCUUGUCUUAAAAAUCAGAGGUGCAGUUCACAAAACAAAAAUGCCCUUUGGAUUAUCUAGGAAAAUGAAAGCCACUACAAAGUACAAAUUAACACUUUUAAUCUGGUUUCAAGCGCUAAUGUCAGCCUCUCAUCUUUGAUUAUGGUGUCUAAACACCAUCUCAUAAACUCAUAUAUAGUAUAAAUAUAUAUAAGUAUAUUAAGUAUAUAUACUUAAUCUCAUGAACUGACAUGCAUAGAUGGAUGUAUUUGCCUAUAUGCAACCACUUAAAAAUGUUCUCAUAAUCUUGUUCGCUGCCACUGUCAGAUUGGAGUAGAUGAAUUAGCCACAGGUAGAAUAAUACCUGUCUCAACAGCCUUGCCUUUCCUUCUUUUUAAGUGACAAAGGAUGACUUUUGCACUUGGUUGCUUGCAGAUCUGCUGGAAUUAAGCAAAUUGUUGUUCUGUUAGAACUUUCAACUCUCAUUGCACAGCUUCUUAAAAAAAUUUGGCACAGGUUUCUAAAUAAUAUCAUUGGAUUUUGUUGUCUGCAUGAAUCCAUCUCAGAGCUUGUUCAGAUAAAACUAUAGUAGUUCUGUUUUCUGUAGGCUCAUGAGUAAGGCUACUCAAGCUGUGGUUGAUCUCUGAAUGUUUUUCCUAGUAAGUAACAGUAGACCAAGAAAAUGGAAAUAUCUACAAAUCUGGUAGAUUGAUGUUUCUUGUUUAGCAGGAAGUUUAGUACUCUUGCAGAUGACAGAAUAGUGACUGUGGUGGGUCACACUGAAGGUCACUGUAGCCCAGUGUUGUGUCUCCAGCAGAGGCCAAAAGUGGGUGCUUAGAGAGGAAUAUAAGAACAAAACACGUAGUAUUUUUCCUUUGAGUGAGCAAAUACAUGCUGCCCAAAUGUUUUGAACAACUCUACUUCAUUAUGGAUACUCUAUGCUAGCCCAAAUAACAAAACAUAUUCAGUAAAUGCCAAAGAUAUUUGGUCAGGAAAACAAGGUCUUUCUUUUAGGAAUUGUUAAGUAAUGCUAUCUCUUUGAGGUUUUAUUCUUUAAAAAAAUGAAUAUUCUAAAUUGGAACAAAUAACUUGAGUAGUUUAAAGAGGACCACCAUUUGCUUGAUGAAUUUCCCAAACUCUCAACAUGAAGAGAAAGGUAGGUCAAGACAGGUUGUGUUGGGAGAUGAAAUAAAAUAAGAGAUAAAGAGAUAAAACAAGUUUCUUUGUAUUUCAGGAAGAUCAGGAAGUGUUACAGGAGCUGCAAGAGACAUCAUCUAGCUGGUAGUCAGAAGAAACAACAGGAUUUUGCUGACCUCCUCAUUUGUACUUGUACCUGUUGGAAAAAAACCCAGAUUUUGAUUCAGAGGUUUCUCUGGGCCUGUCUUCUAUUAAUACAGCUGUUAUCUCUAUCUACAGCUUAGACAAAUUUGAGGGUAGUCUUUGAAGCGUAAGGGAAGUGAUGUGCUGUAGGAUGUGUCUGAACUUCUCGUCCUUGACAGCAAGAACAUAUUGUGUUAGUAUUUCUAAGUGUCAUUAGCUCUCUCAGCAGAUCUGCUCUGGAAAUACUUCUGUCUGCAUUGGAUUUAUGAACUUGAAAAGGUACUUGGUUAAGAACUAUACUAUGAGGGUUUUUUCUUUCUGGAAGGAAAGACAAAAGAAACCAUUACGAUUCUCAUUCUAGACUCAAAUUCACAUCUAACUCCUCUCUCUCAUCAAUCUGCUAAAAUCCCGGGUGAAAGGUGCUUGAUAUAAAUAAAGCUUAUAGCAGAAAUUACAACAGGAGGAAAGAGAUUGCUCUUGUCUAAGUAAUGGCUAUGUGUCUGGAGAGGUUUAACAAGACCACAAGCAGAGAUCAUCAGGUCUCGGCAAUAGUAGUCAGAGGAUCAGUCUUAAUUGUGAGACACAGAUAACCUUCAGAACAUGUCCAGAUUUGGCAAUUUUACCAAAGUACACAGAUAACAUAAUACAUAUUUAAACCAUUCAAACAUUUCCUUCUAUCUUUGAUACAAAACAGCUCCCACCCACUUGACGUUAUAGACCGAAUGAUUCAGAUCUAUUGGCUCUUGGUUGUGGAAAAAUCUGCCUUGAGGUCAGUUGUGGUUCAUACCACAAGCAGCCAUCCUUUCUUUACUCUGCCUAACUUCUGCCUGCUAUUUUAAAUGGACACAAUAUCCUUACUUUCAGCUGCAUUUGAUUAAGGGUCUGCAUAGAGUCAUACGCAAAGUAUAAGGACCUCUGAAAGCUGUGUAUGUGCAGAAGCCUGUCUGUGAAAGCUGGCCCCUGUUGGGUCUAAGCAGAAGGUAAAGGAGGUGGCUGUAACUCAAAAUCCAGAAUUGGGAAAUACUGAGAGAGAGCCUAGAGGAGUCCAUUGCUGCCACACUGAUGGUAAUCCUGUGUGAAUUCCUUCCCACCUGCUGGAAAGCAGCAAAUUGUAGCAGCCCAGAAAAUGCUUGAGAUGUGUCAGAACUUCUGAGUUCUGCCGUGUCCCUAAACAUCUUGCCUGAAACUGGAGGAGGUAUUUUUCCCUGCCCCCCCAUUUCCUGUAUAUAACAAUCAGACUUUAGUAAUUGCAACUUUUCUUUUAAUUUUCUGAGUUACAAGCCCACAUGAGGCCUUUCGGAUUCAUUAUGCAUGAACCAGUACGUAUCCGGGGAUGAAUAAUGUUCCAUCUUACUUUCUUUUUUUCCCUUGCCCUGAACGGUUGUUUUUUAACAAAAAUGCCUUUUUCCUUUUGAGAACUCUCAGAAAUGUGUUCCUUUAAGAACCUCCUACAUGGUAUGUGUUUGCAAUUUGUAAACACAGUAUGUCAAAGAAUGAUUUGAUUCAGUGGUGAGGCAGCCAGAUAUUUGCAUGUCAUGAGGUCUAAGGGAAACAAACUGACCCUCAGCCUUCCCCCAUCCAGGCAAAUUCUGAUGGGACCCUCAAAUAGCUCUGGCAAACUGUUCUGUUUCUUUUGGACUUGAUGAAUGCUUUUUUCUGUGAAGACAUGUAAUUAUUUCUUCCUUUAUUUUGCUGCACAAGUUACCAAGAGAAGCAGCAUAAAACUAAAUGCUGAGAUGGAACUCUGUCAGGAAGCAGGAGUACUGAUCCAGCAAGGAGAGGAUCAGUAAGAUCACGUGGAGGGCUCCAGCAGGAUGACCAGCAGUCACACAGACUGUCAUUUCUGCCUGCAGUCUCUCCGUGGCAGGAAAUAUGCACUAAGAGAUGAAAAUGCUUACUGCGUUCCGUGUUAUGACAGCCUGUACGCCAACCCCUGCGAAGAGUGCAAGCAACCCAUUGAGUGCAGCUCCAAGGAUCUGGCCUACAAAGGCCGUCACUGGCAUGAGGGGUGCUUCAGGUGUGCCAAGUGCAGUCGCUCACUUGUGGAGAAACCAUUUGCUGCCAAGGACGAGGUCUUGCUGUGUACUGACUGCUACUCUGAUGAGUAUUCAUCCAAGUGUUUUCACUGCCAGAAAACCAUUAUGCCUGGUUCACGUAAAAUGGAAUUUAAGGGAAGUUCCUGGCACGAAUCCUGUUUCGUUUGCCAGUAUUGUCGGCAACCAUUGGGAACAAGACCAUUAAUCACCAAAGACAAUGAGAAUUACUGUGUGCCCUGUUUUGAGAAGCAAUUUGCUCACCAUUGCUAUGCUUGCAAAAAGGUUAUAACUUCUGGAGGAGUGACCUACCAUGACCAGCCUUGGCAUAAAGAGUGCUUUGUGUGUGCUGUGUGUAAAACUCAGCUGUCUAGGCAAAGAUUCAUUUCCAAAGAUGAGUACCCGUACUGCGUAGACUGUUUCAGCAAAUUUUAUGCCAAUAAGUGUGCUGCUUGCAAGAAACCUGUUACAGCUCUCGGAGGUGCCAAAUACAUCUCAUUUGAGGAGCGUCAGUGGCACGGGGAAUGCUUUAACUGUGUGAAAUGCUCUGUCUCCCUGGUGGGCCAGGAAUUCCUCACUCGGCAGGAUGACAUCCUUUGCCACAAAUGCGGCUCGGCUUCAUAGUUCUGUGGAAAGCUGUGCAGAUGUACAGCUUCACUAUUCCCACUCUGCUGUAAGAAAACCAGAUAAAAGGCACUGCAGUUAUUUAGUCAUUCAAGUAAUUUUGCAACAGCAGUUUAACUCCAUCCUAGCUCGCAACUGCUUAUAAACAAAAAUUAGACAACCGCCCCAUAGUGCUUAAUAAAACAAUGCAGAUAAGAUUUGUAUAUAUUUUAAGCCUAACUCGAGUAUGUUUUCCUUGUAACACACUGCACUCUGCUGUUAGAAUCUCAAAAAUUUGUCUUUUAUCACCUAUGAACCAGAGAGGAUUUAAAAGUCUGUCUGGCAUAUGAAUAAUGAUGAGGCAUUAGCACUGAUUCACAGAUGCAGAUCUUGGCAGGGAAAGCUGGGCACAAGCAUUUUUCUAAUGGAUAAUAACACUGAAGAGAACACCUUGUAAAUAUUAUAUUCUUCCAUACUUUGAGCAAAAAAGAUGCUGAAAAAGCAGGCAGAAAUUGUGAAUAGGAUAUGCUUUCACACUGAGGACUGCAGAGUCAGAGAGGACAAUUCAAUGGGAAAAAAGGUCACUUCCCUUACUGGGAUUGCUACCCAAAGAAGUCAGCCAAAACACUACAGCACAGGUCCUUUCCCAAAACUGGGUAACUGUACUUAAUUUUUUAGGCAUAGCUGGUCUAGAACAUACAUAAACCCAUAUUUUCAGCUGCUGCAAGAGGUAAGGAUUGCCCAAGAUUGAAUAGUGCUGACAUACAUUUUCCCAUAAUCAUUAUGCCUUAAGACUUUUUCCACUGCCUUUGCUAUACCUUCAAAUACAGGUCUAAAAUAUAUUUUUUUUAUUAGUUGACACAAGAGCCAAUUCAUACUGGUCCCUUUAAUCUUGUACUUUCCUUCAUUCAAAACCAAUUUGCCAGCAAUUGAAGCCCUGUUAAGGACCUUACAUCCUUGGUCUUUGAUUCACAGUUCAUUCCUAUGCUUGUAAAUUCCUUCUUGUGGACAGCAGGCUAUAAACUCUCCAGAACCAAUUCCUGAUUCAUUUCACCAUUAACCACAUGUGUUUUUUAACAGUAUGUCAAGAAUUAGUAAUUGUCAUUGCAAGCCAAGCAGCUCUUGCUUGCAGUACAGGGCCUUAGUUUCUAGGUAGCCAGCCUUUAUAUCUACUUGCUGAGCUCCAGCACUCAAAUACCUACUAUUAAAGGGCAACUAGAACUGAGUUACAAACAGCUAUCUUCUUCCAUAAUGUGCGUCACAGUGGCCUGGUUCGUGUACUGGGACACUGUGGAUGGAGCAGUUAUGUUAGGAAUGGCAGGUUCUGCACUGUCCAGCAGAGUUUGAGUCCUCAUCUCUCAUGUCUUUAAGUCAUUCUUCUUUAGACUCUAACCUUGAGUACACAGAGUUAUUUGGCUAACUUGGGUGGCCCUCAUUCAUAUUGAAGACAGACAUUACUUUGGGUAGAAAAGUGAAAAAAACAAAAAGAAUAUGUGUGCAUGGCUAAGCCAGGGCAAAAGUGCAGUGGCAUGAAAUCACUAUGGAUUACGACUGACCAAUGAGUACAUAGCAGUCUGUUGUCAAUCAAUAAAAUACUGAUCUUUUGCUCAAUGUGGGGUUAGUUUUUGGUUUUCAUCUUCUUCUUUCAUGGCAGCUUUUAUGGUUUGAAUAGUUCACAUUUUUCAUUUUACCCCAGCUUCUUCCUUUUCUAUUUACACAUCUCCUAUGGCUGACACAGGUUCUUGGUAAGGUUUAGAUUCCCAUAAAUAGAAAUAUGUUUCAUUGCCUUAUAUGUAUAAAUAUAUAUAUAUAUAUACAAACACACAGACAUAGUGGCUCACGGUUAUGUAUGAUGUUCUAAAAAUUUGCACUGUUAGUACAUGGUCUGAAAUUUUUUAAUUAAAAUUAUGAAUCACCAUGUUUGGGCUUGUCUGUGGGGUGUACCUUUUGUUUGUGUGAAAUAACAUUCAGCACAUCUCAA